GCCAGAAUAGGAAUUCGGUCAACUUGAGUCUAAAUUAAACCACACCCCCUUCUUCAAACUCGCUGUAGGAGUAAUUGAUAUCUUCUUCAAAGUGAACGACUGGAAUAUUACCCGUUUCAACAAAUGAUAUACAAGUUGUGGGAACUAAAGAGACUCAAAGAAUGGGCACCAACCUCCCCCCUGACAUCAGUUACAUCUACAGCUAGAGCAGAGGAAGAGUCAUUAAGGGGAAUAGGGGGGUCAUUUACUGUAGAAAUGGAGGAAGGACCAUGUACAGUAGAGAGAUGGAUGAAAUGGGAGUAGACAUGAGUGUGAGAGGUCUAGAUAAACUAGGUGGGUAGGUAUUUAUAUAUGAGGAAGAAGUGUAUUGACAGACACACAGUUCAUAUACUCAUAUCAGCUGAGACCAAUUAACUUAUAGACAGAGAGGGAGAUAGAGAGGGAUGGAGUGUGGAGAGAGUAUCCUGUGUGGGUCUGGGGAGCUGGAUCUGGACCCUGAUAUUGUGAGUGAAGAGGCCGGUAAACUGUACUCAGAACUACAGGCAGUGAUAGAGACCCAUGGCGUAGGGGUUGUGGAGUCCCUGGUGCCCAUCCUUGUAUGGGUCCUGGAGGGCCUGGCCAGCUGCAGAGCCCAGCUCAGAGAGAGGGAGGAGGAGGCCGAGAGAGAGAAAGGAGAGCGAGAUGAGCUGUUGGAGAGAUACCAGAGUGAGAAACUACUGAGGAGAGAGAGCCAAGAGCGGUAUCUGGAGUUGGAUGACCAGAUUGAGCAGGAGCGGAGGACGAUGAGGGGAAGAGAGAAYGAGAGAGAGAGGAGGGAAAAAGAACUGGAGAAAAAGGCCAGAGAGCAGGCUGACCAAUUGGUGGCCUUGGAGGAGCAGAGGGCUGGACUGGGCAGAGAGUUGAACACACUGAAGCACACUCACAACAAGUUGGUGGUCAGUUAUAAGGAUCUGCUGGAGAGGAAAAGGGAUAUAGAGGGAUCUCCACUAAGUAACCAUGUGCGCUCCAAGAAUUCACAAUCUACCGACCAGUCAGAAUCCUGUGUUAGCGGGCAGGAGCUAACUGAUCAAAGGCCAGAAACACCUCCUAAUUCUGUCCUGUUGGAAGAACCGGUAACCAAGGACGAUAUGGUGAUUGACAUUGUUGUAAAGCCAGACAGAGAUGCGUCCUUCAUCAAUGACAUCAUAAGCUCCACCCCUGAGCUGGUGAAGUUUCAUGGCCUUAUGAAGGCCAGCACCCCGGUCCGAGCAGACGCCAAAGAGCCAAUCAGAGACAAGACCAGCAUGGGGGAAGAAAUUAAUGAGGUGGCGGAGAAGGAAGGAGAGAAGGAGGAGAAAAAAGAGGAAGGAGCGAAGCAGGAGAUGGAGGAUGAGGAUAUGGAUAGUCUGGAAUGGGAGCUGAGGAACACAGAGUCUGUGUUCUCAGAGCUGUCAGAGCUGAGUCAGGAAUACAUAGAGAGUGUGGACCAGGGGCCCAGUGUCAGAGGCAGCACRGACCAGUUUGAGGAGAUUCUUUCUCAGUAUGAGGACCUGAAACACACCCAUGAGUUAGUGAAUGCAGCCCGGAAAGCACUGAUCUCUCGUGUGGAGGAGCUGACCAAUGAGAGGUCAGCUCUUAAGGUGGAGGUGACUUCCUGCCAGGAGACUGUCACCCGAUUGGAGGGAAGGAUGAAGGAGAUGGAGGAGGAAACCAAGAGACUUCGGAAAGAACUGGAAGCAAAUCAAUCAGAUGAUGAUUCCUCCCUGCCCAUAUCGCUGCGUCGGUUCUCUCGUUCGGAGAUGUCCCGUGUUGUCAUGGAGAAGAACCAGUAUAAGGAGCGUUUGUUUGAGCUGCAGGAGGCUGUGAGACGCAGUCAGACCAUUCGGUAACCAUACCUGCCUGUCUCCCCCAUAGAAGUAGACUGACAGGAGGCUGUGAGACGCAGUCAGACCAUUCGGUAACCAUAC